CCAAACUCUGGGCCAAGUAUUAGAUAUUUGAUAAAAAAGGGCACUGCCAUUCCUGAUGUCAAGUGGGGAAGAGUUAGCUACGCCAGGAUUAUUGGGAAUUACGAUGAUUAUGAAGUUGCGACAAAAAAACUUCAAGUAGCCGAGGACACUUCCAACUUGGAAAGUGAAACAGAACCAGAAAGCAGAUUAAGGAGCAAGAAGAUAAUUCCCGAUAUUCAGCCCAGCAGCACACGAGGGGAUGUAACGUCUUCAUCCGAUGAGGAGGAUAGCGACGCGAACAAAAACAGUCCUCCGUCUGGCUCACUUCUGGAUAAUUUGGAGCUGGACCAACCAUUGAGCAUUCCUGAAAUAAUUCCCGAAACUGAAGAGCAAAGCAAUCUACAAGUAGGAAAUCAAGUUGAAACUGGAGACACCUCUUUUGUUGUUGUAAAUUCGUAGGAGUUAAAUGAUUUACGGCUGUUGAUUUCAAGGACAACGCAAAGUGUGCUAACUUUGUUGGAAAAGCAGGCUGAAGACAUUAAAGACAUUAAGGCUUUACUGAUUAAUGUGAAACAAAGGCCGGAUGGUAGGAAGGCUCCCAAUCUCAGUGCCAUUCCAAAAUUACCCCUCGACAACGAGGUAGCACUGGCGGAGUUUGAAUCUUGGCUCGAGGUGGAUUCAAAUCGCGAAUUACUGGUACGAUUUAAUCGAGAUAUUUUACAUGCAUAAUUAAACUUUAAUGUUUUUUCUUUUUCAACUGCGACACAGAUCGAGGCGAGCACUAGAAAAAUCUUGAAAAAAUUAUUUACGAAUGAAUUUGGCAGGCGAAUUAAUUUUACGGGUAAAGGAAACAAGACAUCGAUGAAAAACCUAAAACUAUUGGAAGUCGUAAAAGAAACCGUGCGAAACGUCUUUACAGUUGAGUCCGUUCCCGAUCCCAAAAAUCCCAGCGGCCGUAUUCCCACCGAUGAUAUAAUUCAAACUGCAGCAAUGAAUUGGUUUCGUUCUUCAAAAAGUAGGUGCAACGACGACGCUCCCUCGGGAAUUGCAUCAUAAUCAUGGAUCGAGAUGGAAAAUCACCGAGAAACAUUAGGCGAAUAAUUGCAAAACGGGUUAGAGAGAAUCUCACUCGUGCAAAAAACAUACCUGCUAUUAGUAAUAAUCUUGUAAAUUUAGAUAUAUGUGAUUCUGUCGUUGAGGAUAGCGAUUCAGGUAGUAAUAUUAGCAAUAAUGAUAGAAGCAGUAAUGUUAUCCAUAAUAGUGACGAGCCAUUAGUUUCCGAUUCACUAAGCGACAAUGGUGUAGUAGAAAAUAAUAGGAAUAUUUUAGAUUUAACACGGGACUUGAUGGACUGGUCGCUUCGACAUAACAUAACGGGAGUAGCUUUAAACGAUCUUCUACGCAUAUUUAACUUUUAUCAAGAAUUUAGAUUUCUUCCAUUGGAUAGUAGGACAUUGCUUAAAAACUCAAUUAAAUACUCUAUGAAAACUAUCGGUCAGGGUCAAUAUGCACACUUUGAUGUUAUUCAAAAUAUAAAACGGCAAAUAGAUUCCAAUUGUAUUCUUGCUUCUGGAAGCGAAAUUAAAUUAAACCUUAUAUUUAGUUUUGAUGGAUUGCCCAUUUCUAAGAGUAACAGUAACCAGUUUUGGCCAAUUCAAGCAAAGUGUGAAGAAAGUACGUACGGCGUAUUUGUCGUGGGUUUAUUUUAUGGCAAGACAAAACCAGAAAGUAUUGACGAAUACUUGAUGGAUUUGAUAGCAGAGUUAAAAAGUUUGCGAGUUGGGAUUAGUUACAAUAAUUUGAAAAUAUUUUGUAAGGUUUCAAAAAUAAUAGCUGAUGCGCCAGCCAGGAGUUUUUUAAAGCAAUGUAAAAGUCAUAAUGCAUACAAUGGAUGCGAGAAAUGUAUAGAUCCAGGUUUCUGGAAGGGACGUGUAAUUUUCAGAACAUUCGAUAGUCCACUUAGGACAGAUCAAGAUUUUUAUGUUCAAAAAGAUAAACACCACCAUGUAGGCAUUUCCCCGUUUACGGAGCUUAAAAUUUUGAUGAUUUCUUCGGUUCCUCUUGACUACAUGCACCUCAUUUGCUUAGGUGUGGUUAGAAAACUAUUAAGAAGUUGGGUAAAAGGUCCAUUGCCAUUUAAAUUAUCUUCUCGUGAUAUUUCAACUUUAUCAAGUAAAUUAGUAUUAUUUUCGCAUAGUUGCCCUAAAGAAUUUUGUCGUAAGCCGAGGUCAGCAAAAGAGUUAGAUAUGUGGAAAGCGACAGAGUUUAGAACUUUUCUUCUUUAUACAGGACCCGUCGCUUUAAAAGGAUUAUUGUCGCCGAAAAAGUAUACACAUUUUUUAAAUCUUUGCGUAGCAGUCACGAUUCUUAUAACUACCAAGGCGCAAGCAAAUAAUUGGAACGAUUAUGCAUGACAGCUUUUAUU